CUUAUUUCUGUAAACUUGGCAGUUGAUGGAUAUAGGAGAUGCGAAAAAUGGAUGCGUGAUGAUGCCGUAGACUCAAAGGAGUCUAAGACAACCUCAUGGUUCAAGCGAUUCAUAGGGCGCGAGCAAAAGCCAGAAGUGACCUGGCCAUUCCCAUUUGUGGAGGGUAGACUGUUUAUUUUGACCAUACGAGCUGGCGUAGAAGGAUACCAUAUAAGUGUCGGGGGUCGGCAUGUGACAUCUUUCCCAUAUCGAACAGGGUUUACACUGGAAGAUGCAACAGGAUUAGCAAUUAAGGGAAACGUGGAUAUUCAUUCUGUUUAUGCUACGUCUCUUCCUGCAUCACAUCCAAGUUUCUCACCUCAAAGAGUGUUGGAAAUGUCGGAGAAGUGGAAAGCUAGUCCUCUACCUAAGGGCCCAAUUCAAGUUUUUAUUGGAGUCCUCUCGGCUACUAAUCACUUUGCGGAGAGAAUGGCAGUGAGAAAAACUUGGAUGCAAUCAUCAGCAAUCAAGUCUUCACGUGUAGUAGUCCGCUUCUUUGUUGCAUUGAAUCCAAGGAAGGAGGUGAAUUUGAUGAUGAAAGAAGAGGCUGAUUACUUUGGUGAUAUCGUGAUCCUACCGUUCAUGGAUCGCUAUGAGCUUGUUGUACUUAAAACCAUUGCUAUUUGUGAGUUUGGGGUUCAGAAUGUGACGGCUGCAUACAUCAUGAAGGGUGACGAUGACACGUUUAUUAGGGUGGAUACUGUUCUAAAAGAGAUAGAGGGCAUCUCUCCGAAAAAAUCUCUUUAUAUGGGUAAUCUCAACCUCUUGCAUCGACCUCUCAGAAGUGGAAAAUGGGCAGUUACGUACGAGGAGUGGCCAGAAGAAGUUUAUCCUCCAUAUGCGAAUGGGCCUGGGUACAUAAUUUCCAUUGACAUUGUUAAAUUCAUCGUCUCUCAACAUGCGAACAAGAGCUUAAGGCUUUUCAAGAUGGAAGAUGUGAGCAUGGGAAUGUGGGUGGAGCAAUUCAACAGUUCAAUCACAGCCGUACAAUAUUCCCAUAACUGGAAGUUUUGUCAGUACGGAUGUUUGGUUGACUAUUACACUGCACAUUAUCAAUCCCCAAGACAAAUGAUCUGUCUUUGGGACAAGUUGGCUAGAGGCCGAGCUCAUUGCUGUAACUUCAGAUGACACAAGAGAAAAAGAAAACUGCUCUCUGCUUCUUUUGUAGAGUAGUCUUCUCUUUCUUGCUGAUUUUUGUGCCAUUCUUGUCCUUGCUGAUUUUUGUCCAUAUGCUCAAUUAAGUUAAAAGUUAAUUAUCAAUGAACUUUAAUCAAUGAUUUGCAAGUUAAUCACAU